AUGUGUACCACCACGCCCCAGAGGGAGGUUUUGCCUACGAAUGUGAAGCCAUUGCGCUACGAUUUGACGCUCGAGCCGCUUUUCGACUCGUUUACGUUUAAUGGUGACUUGACCAUUGACUUGCAAGUUAACGACAAGUCCGAGUCCGUGACGGUGAACUCGUUGGAGAUUGAGGUUCAGCACGCUGAUGUGAAUGGCGAAAAGGUUAAGGAGGUCAAGUUUGAUGAGGACAAGCAGACUGUCACGUUCGACUUGGCUUCGCCUUUGGAAGCUGGCUCCAAGGCUGCUUUGAAUAUUAAGUUCACGGGUAUCUUGAACGACAAGAUGGCUGGUUUCUACAGAUCUUCUUAUACCGACGAGAAUGGCCAGACAAAGUACUUGGCCACGACCCAGAUGGAGCCUACCGACUGUAGAAGAGCAUUCCCAUCGUUUGACGAGCCAGCGUUGAAGGCCCAGUUCGAUAUCUCCUUGAUCUCGGCUAAGGAGUUGGUGCACUUGUCUAACAUGGACGUCAAGGAGGUUGUUGACGUGGAUGACAAGAAGAAGAAGACCGUGUUCAACACCACCCCAUUGAUGUCUACCUACUUGGUGGCUUUCAUUGUUGGUGACUUGAAGCACGUUGAGAACAACGACUACGAUAGACCAAUUAAGGUUUGGGCUACUCCAGGCCUGGAGCACUUGGGUCAGUACUCGGCUGAUAUUGCCGCUAAGACCUUGGCUUUCUUCGAUAAGAAGUUCGAUAUCCCUUACCCAUUGCCAAAGUUGGAUAUGGUGGCCAUUCACGAUUUCAGUGCUGGUGCCAUGGAGAACUUUGGUCUUAUCACUUACAGAACUGUUGAUUUGCUCUUGGAUCCUAAGAACACCAACGUUAACACCAUGCAAAGAGUCACCGAGGUUGUCAUGCACGAAUUGGCUCACCAGUGGUUCGGUAACUUGGUCACCAUGGACUUCUGGGACGGUUUGUGGCUUAACGAAGGUUUCGCUACUUGGAUGUCCUGGUACGCCUGUGACUCCUUGUAUCCAGACUGGAAGGUUUGGGAGUCUUAUGUUGCUGACUCUCUUCAGCACGCUUUGACCUUGGAUGCGUUGAGAUCUUCUCACCCAAUUGAGGUGCCUGUUAGAAGAGCUGACGAGAUUAACCAGAUUUUCGAUGCUAUUUCCUACUCCAAGGGUUCUUCUUUGUUGAAGAUGAUUUCCCGUUGGUUGGGCGAGGACGUCUUCGUCAAGGGUGUGUCUAACUACUUGAAGAAGCACAAGUGGGGCAACACAAAGACUUCCGACUUGUGGGAAGCUUUGGCUGAUGUCAGUGGUAAGGAUGUCGUGAAGGUCAUGGACAUCUGGACCAAGAACGUCGGUUUCCCAAUUGUUCACGUCGAAGAGACCGGUAAGGGCGAAUUGUCUCUUACCCAGAACAGAUUCCUUGCUACUGCUGAUGUCAAGCCUGAGGAAGAUAAGGUCUUGUACCCAGUUUUCUUGGGUUUGAAGACCUCCAACGGUACAGACGAGGCUGCUGUCUUGGAGACCAGAUCCAAGUCCAUCACUCUCGACACCUCCGACGACUUCUACAAGGUUAACGGUGACCAGUCUGGUAUCUACCGUACUGCUUACACUCCAGAGCGUUGGACCAAGUUGGGUGAGGCCGGUGUUGCCGGUAAGUUGACCGUUGAGGACCGUAUUGGUUUGGUCGCUGACGCUUCUUCCUUGGCUUCUUCUGGUUUCAUCAGCACUACUGCUCUUUUGGACUUGGUUAAGUCUUGGUCUAACGAGAACAACUACGUUGUUUGGGACCAGAUCUUGACCUCCACUGCUCAGGUUAGAGGUGCCAUGAUCUUUGAAGAUGAGUCUGUCAAGGAGGCUCUUAACCUUUUCGUCGCUGACUUGAUCUCCCAGAAACUUAAGGAAGUUGGCUACCAGUUCUCUGAGUCUGACUCCUUUGCUGACCAGCAAUUGAAGUCUUCCUUGUUCGGUGCCGCUGCUGUUACUGGCCACAAGGAGGUUGUCGAUUACUCUGUCGAUGCUUUCAAGAAGUUCGUCGCUGGUGACAAGAAGGCUAUCAACCCUAACUUGAGAAGCUCCAUCUUCAACAUCAACGCUAAGCUUGGUGACGAAAAGACUUUCGACCAGCUCUACACCAUCUACACCAACCCUCUGUCUGUUGAGGAGAAGAUUGCUGCUUUGAGAGCUUUUGGUAGAUUCGAAGACGAUGCUAUCCUCGACAAGGUUACCGGUUUGUUGUUGAAGACUGACAUCAUCAAGGCCCAGGAUAUCUACAUCCCAAUGCAGGGUAUGAGAGCCCACAGAAAGGGUAUUGAGCGUUUGUGGAAAUGGUUCGCUGACAACUGGGAAGAGAUCUACAAGUUGUUGCCUCCAGGCCUUUCCAUGUUGGGAUCUGUUGUCACCAUUACCUCUUCCGGCUUCACCAAACAGGAACAAAAGAAACAGGUGGAGCAGUUCUUCCAGGACAAGAACACCAAGGGUUUCGACCAGAGUUUGGCUCAAUCCCUCGACAUCAUCACUGCCAAGUCCAACUGGGCCACUCGUGAUGGCGAUGUGAUUGCCCAAUGGCUCAAGAAGAACGACUACUCUUCCAAGCUUUGA